UCCCGCCACUCCGGCGGCUGCGCGUGGGCAUCAGUGAGAGAGUUCCAUAUAAAAGCUCCCGCAUCCUCCUCUGUCUCUGACACUCUCUGUUUGAAUGAUACAGUGUCUCCUCCUCUCCUCCUCCUGUGUUUUCUCGGAAACAUUUUCCUGCCGUAUAAAUUCAAUUGUCGUCUAUGGUUCUGACUCAAGCUUCCAAAAUGUCCCGGACCGAUGAGGUGCACCGUAUAACGGAGAAUGUCUAUAAGUCCAUCAUGGAGCAGUUCAACCCUUGCUUAAGGAACUUUGUUGCCAUGGGGAAGACUUACGAGAAGGCCCUCUCUAGUGUGACAUUUGCAGCAAAAGGCUACUUCGACGCACUGGUGCGGAUGGGAGAGCUGGCCAGCGAGAGUCACGGCUCUAAGGAUCUUGAAGAGGCAGCAUGGGAUGUGCUUUUUCAGAUGGCGGAGGUUCACAGACAGAUCCAGAUGCAGCUAGAGGACAUGCUGAAAUCAUUCCACAAUGAACUGCUCACAGAACUGGAGAAAAAAGUGGAAUUGGAUGUUCGCUACUUAAAUGCAGCUCUGAAGAAAUACCAGAUGGAACACAAAAAUAAAGGAGAGAGUCUGGAGAAGUGCCAGGCUGAGCUGAAGAAACUGCGCAGGAAGAGUCAAGGCAGCAAGAACCCCUCCAAAUAUGGAGACAAGGAGAUGCAGUACGUCGAGACCAUCAGCAGCAAACAAAAUGAGCUGGAUAACUACAUCUCUGAGAGCUACAAGAACGCCCUGUCCGAAGAGAGACGGAGGUAUUGCUUCCUCGUUGACCGUCAAUGUGCAUUGGCCAAAACAAGCAACGCCUACCACACCAAGGGCAGAGACUUGCUGACACAAAAGAUCCCAUUGUGGCAACAAGCGUGUGCCGAUCCAAAUAAACUCCCAGAGCGGGCAAUGCUUCUAGCUCAGCAAAUGGGCUCAGGAGCGUCAGGGACACUGGGACCCAGUGUCCACCACACCUCUAAAUCUAGCCUGACCAUCUCAGACCCCAUCCCUGGGGCCAAGCCACUUCCUGUGCCACCUGAGCUCGCAGCUCUCAUGGGGAACCAACAGACGAGGAUGAUGGGAGUAGAUGGUGUUCCCAUGGUGAAUGGCUCAGGGGUUCAUGGGGGAGAAGACUACCAACGCUGGAUGGAGACCAGAGCCGCACACGAGAAACCGGCCCACAGACACGGUGGAGAGACCUUCUCCAACACCCUGCCUGUCCGCAAGGUUGCGCCUGUAAAGCCCAAGAAUACUUUGGCAGAGACACAGACCCUCCCCAGGUCUAGCUCAAUGGCAGCUGGGCUGGAGAGAAAUGGACGGACACGCGUUCAGGCCCUCUUCUCUCAUGCCGCCGGGGACAACAGCACACUCCUCAGCUUUAUGGAAGGAGACAUCAUUACACUGUUGGUGCCUGAAGCCCGGGACGGCUGGCACUACGGCGAAAACGAGAAAAACAGAAUGAGAGGCUGGUUCCCGUUCUCCUAUACCCGCGUGAUUCCUGAACCAGACAGCAAUAAACUCCACGUCAGUUUGCAGCAUAGCAGGAGCAGCAGCACGGGAAAUCUUCUGGAGAGAGAGAUGGCGUUGCCGACACCUGAUUACGGCAUGCCCACACGCUUCCUCACCCAGCAGCAGAGCACACCACACAGCCGACAGAGACCAUACAGCAUGGCAGUGCCAGGAUUCUCACAACAAGGGUUGGAGGAGUACGAGUCUCGAUUCCAAACGAGCCGGAACAGACGAACAUAGCUGACGUUUCUGAAGGUCUAGCCCAAACAUAAGUGCGGAGGGCAAAUUGAUUUCGACAGUGUGAGAGGACAGACAAACACACAGACACCACCUUCACCUCCGUCCACACACACUCCCGUCUUCCUUUAUCUCUCAACAAUCCAUCCCCCUUCACUCCACCCUCAGAGGAAGAGGAUCUAGAUCCAACCUUCCCACCUUCUAGUUCACUUAUUUUAUCCCAGUCAGAAGCAGCCUAACGGAACCGGAAUGCUGAGUAUUCCAUGCUGACCUUCCUCAUUAUACGCUCCUAACAUGAGAAUGUUGAACUUACUUUAGUAAACAUGUUGAAUUGUCUAUCUCUUGCCUGUCUUUCAUGCAUGUACAUGUCAACAAUGUAUAAAUGCAUAACUUUUGCCAUCCAGGGGUCCACGGAUUUAAAGGAAUAGUUUACAUGAAAAUGAAAAUUCUGUUGUUUACAUGAUUUUAUUAUAUUAUUUUCUUCUAUGGAACACAAAAAGACUUAUUUAUGAGAUCGAAGAAGUGUUUUCUUUCCUUGCAAUGAAAGUGAAUGGUGACCAGAUUUUCUCUGAACAAAAUGCUUUUUGUUUUGUUUUUUUUGGGGUCAUUUUGGAGUUUGACAGCAACUGGACCCCAUUCACUUUCACUUGAGGGAAGAGAACAGCUCAGAAAUCUAAAUUUCUUGUUUUGUUUUGUUUUGUUUGUUUCUGUGGAAAAUAGAAAAGUUGUAUAGGUUUGGAGCAACACGAAGGCGAGUAAAUACAUUUUUUUUUUGUUGAACAAAAAAUCUUAAAUGAAAACCAAUGUGGUAAUAUGAUUAAAUUUAUUGUUUGUAACAAUACCGGUGGGUUUAUCAAAGUAUAAAUGACUGUUAAUAAUGAAACUCAGCUGAUAAAGACCGUAUUCUGUACAUUGGUAAGUUUGCAUAUUUAAAAA